AUGAGACACCAGCAGAGCCUCACCAUGAGACACCAGCACAGCCUCACCAUGAGACACCAGCACAGCCUCACCAUGAGACACCAGCACAGCCUCACCAUGAGACAUCAGCAGAGCCUCACCAUCAGACACCAGCACAGCCGCACCAUCAGACACCAGCACAGCGUCACCAUGAGACACCAGCACAGCCUCACCAUGAGACACCAGCACAGCCUCACCAUGAGACACCAGCACGGAUUCACCAUGAGACACCAGCACAGCCUCACCAUGAGACACCAGCACAGCCUCACCAUGAGACACCAGCAGAGCCUCACCAUGUGA